GAGCGUGGACUUGGGAUUUCAAUUCAAAAAGCUCGGCUUUUUUCCGCUUUUUCCUUUUUUCCUUCUCAUCUUGUAUUUAUUCUAUUCGUUUCUGUUACUACUUCGCUGUUGUGCUAAUCAAAUUUAGGAGCACGCAGAGUUUCUUUCUUUCCUUAGGGUUUUUUUUUUGGGGCCUUCUCUGUGAUUUCCGGUCUCUUCUCUUCGAUUUUCUUGAGAUCUUAUCAAUUGUACCGUCAUUGUAAGUGCUUCUCUCUCGCUAAUACCGUCGAAUUUUCGCCGUCUGCUCCGUGCACUGAGAAUCCUCUAAAUUUCAUGAGGAGGACUUUUGCCUGUUUUUGGAUAUAUGUCCAUGUUGGUCUCUGAUUACAGUGGCUGGGUAUGCUUUCAUUGAUGUGACUUGAUCGGUUAUUGUGAUGAUGAUAAUUAUUGUAAGCCUUUUCAAGGUAGAAGAAGCUUUCAUUUGGUUGUAGAAGAUCAGGAUUGGGGUUUUCUGGUGUUGGGUGUUCUAGAUAUGAUAAAGCAGAUAUUCGGGAAACGCAAGGCCCCAAAGUCAUCCCACAGUGAUUCGAACGGUGAUGGAGGGGUUAAUGGUGCAUUGUCUGUGAACUCUUCGUUUGGGUCCAAUUCCAAUAGUGCCUUGAAAUCCAAUUCAGCUUCUUCAAAAUCUUCAAAUUCUCCUUCGGACGGGUUGCGGCCAGGUAAUGGGAUUCUCGCAACGAGUUCAAAUAAAACAAAUCAUCCUAAGAAAUCAGCUGCAGCUUCUACGACGCAAGUGGGUUCUGUAACGGCUCCUGGAGUUUAUGAGGCAUUGCCAAGCUUUCGUGAUGUUCCUAACUCAGAAAAACAAAAUUUGUUCCUUAAAAAGUUGAACAUUUGUUGUGUUGUAUUUGAUUUUAGUGAUCCUGCUAAAAAUCUUAAAGAGAAGGACAUCAAGCGGCAAACUUUGCUUGAGCUUGUUGAGUAUCUUUCCUCUGUAUCUUCGAAGUUUAAUGACAUAGCAAUGCAGGAGAUCACAAGGAUGGUGGCAGCCAAUUUAUUUCGAACUUUACCAUCUCCCAAUCAUGACAGUAAGGUAGCAGAUCUGUAUGAUGUUGAGGAGGAAGAACCUGCUUUGGAACCAGCUUGGUCACAUCUGCAAAUCGUGUAUGAAUUUCUUUUUAGAUUUGUAUCUUCACCAGAGACUGAUGCAAAACUUGCUAAAAGAUACAUUGAUCAUUCAUUUGUGUUGAGAUUGCUUGACUUAUUUGACUCCGAGGACCAGAGAGAGAGGGACUACCUGAAGACUGUUCUCCACCGUAUUUAUGGAAAGUUCAUGGUGCAUCGGCCAUUCAUUAGAAAAGCGAUAAACAAUAUCUUUUAUCGGUUCAUAUUUGAGACAGAGAAACACAAUGGAAUCGCAGAGUUGCUAGAGAUAUUGGGCAGCAUAAUUAAUGGAUUUGCUCUGCCUUUGAAGGAAGAGCAUAAGUUAUUUCUUGUCCGUGCCUUGAUUCCCCUUCACAAGCCCAAGUGUGUAUCGAUGUAUCAUCAGCAGCUUUCAUAUUGCAUUACUCAGUUUGUUGAGAAAGAUGUCAAGUUAGCUGAUACUGUGAUUAGGGGACUUUUGAAGUAUUGGCCGGUGACUAAUAGCUCAAAGGAAGUUAUGUUCCUCGGUGAAUUGGAGGAAGUCUUAGAGGCCACCCAGCCAGCAGAAUUUCAGCGUUGUGUGGUUCCAUUAUUCCGUCAGAUUGGUAGAUGCCUCAACAGCUUACAUUUUCAGUUGCGUCUUUGGGAAUCUUAUAGAUCAAAGAGGAAGCAUACUUGGCUUGGUUUGGCAGCAGCAGCCUUGACUCUAUACAUGGAAGCAUACUUGGAUUGUGGUAUUUGAUAGAUUUAACACAACUGACCUGUUACUUAUCAAGACUUGAGAGGUCCAGCAAAGUCUUUUCUCUUGAUUUGGUGUGAUUUUAUUUGGAUAUUCAGAAAAUAGCGGUUAUUCUUUCUUUGUAAGGCUCCAUGUUGGUUCUGGAACCUAGUACUUCAUGAUCGUGUUACUGAGAACAAAAAUCAACUGAUUGCUGUAUUAAUAGGUUGAAAAACUAGUAUUUCCACUCUGAUAUGCCCGUGUGCCUGUCAAUACUGAGGUUGUAGUAUACCAUGAAAUGGUAAGGAACUAUGUCUAUUUGCUUAGGCUUAUGUAACUCUGGUGAUCUACAGUAUCAAUUUCCGAGUCUUGUGGGUGAGUUGUGUAAAUUUAUUAUUCUUGGAGAAGUUUGACCGUUGACCCUAUUGCAGUGGUUUUCUCAUAGAAAAUAGUCAAGCUCGCAUUCACUUUUCUAUAUUCUGCUGUGGUGAGUGCCACACUAAACCAGACCCGUGGCAGCAUUAGGUAAUAUUCUUCAAGUUCUACUACUCCAUGGCAGGAUGGGAUACAAUUUCGCAGAGACAGCAUAUAAUUUCACGAACUACUUUCAUGUGCGAUCUUCUUUAGAAGUUUGCGGACUUGUAAUCUUAGGUUAUGCUAUUUGGCCAUGAGGACGAUGUGAAUCUUGAAAAUUAUUAUGAGCAAGGUAUUUGUUCAUGAAAUUUGGAGGUAUCCAUAAUUGGUUUGAGAAGAGAAAAGGGAGAGGUUUUUUUGGGCGUAUGCAAUUAUUGAAGAUUUUUGUUUGGUCUGACAAACUGGAGAAAAAUUAAGGAACAAGUAGGCAUUUACCUUUACAACUCCUUUGGGUUCCUUGAAAUGAAGCUUUCAAGCAGAUUUAGUUGGAUAAUCAAGGAGGGGUCAUGUCAAUAUUUGAGUGAGUUUCAGUUUAGGCCAUUCUGUUAUGAGGAAGGCUUAUAAGGACAGGAAGAUUUGGCCUCUCAAAGGCUUAUAAUAACUCCAUGGGAAAAGUCAUGGAGUGGAUUUGAGAGAUAGCUAGCAUUGUAUAAUAUUUUCUUCAUAUUUUGUCAUGUUUAUGUAAAGGCAUCUGUCAUUGGUGAUUUGCCUGGAUUUUUGUCAUGUUAAUUCCAUUAUAUUUUCAUAUCGUUCUUGGAGUGUCGUUAGGUUCUUGAUGGAGGACAAGAACCAAGAGAUGAACUGUAGAAGGGACUUGGAAGAGACAAAGGAAACUAUGAAGGGUACUCCAUAGUAUACAAUGCUAGCUACGUGGAAAAGGAACCUACCAGAGACCAACCAUUAAUGCUGCAUCCACGUCCAAAUGUAUGGCAGGAAGUGAAAAGAGUGGGUAAAUAGAGGACGAACCUACCAGAGAAUAAACAUUAAUCCUUCGUCCAUGAUUGGAUGUCUCAGCUGAACUGGAAGCUAAAGAAGAUCUGAAUUCUUACAUGUAGUUGAAGAGAAGUCUAAAAAAAAGGUAUGACCAAAUUGAGGAACACGCCAUUUCUAGAAGCUUUGGUUGAUUUAUUUCCUUGUCAGGAACAAUCAGAAGAAAAGUUGAAGGAAGAGGUUAUUGCAAUGUCAGUAUCAAAAUAUCCAGAUGGAUUCUACUUGUAUGACUCUAAAUAGCUAGGAGGAGAGAGUAGGGGCAAGAGUUGAGGACAUCAGUCGUUGAUGGAAGAAGGAGGGGGGGCAGAUGGAUCUUGCACCAGUUUUGGUGAAUUAAGUGGGGAAGAAUUCCAUUUUUGAAAUGCUUAUUUUGGGGCCUUAUUAGGGAGUACCGUACAACAGUAGCUUUGCCCAAUUAGCUAAUCAAUCCUGUAUCUAAACCUGCAAAUGCAUGUAUGGUGUUUCCAGCUUAUUAAAGUUUCGAAAGCUCAUGAUUUGGAAAUUUGAGAGGAAUGGAGGUUGCAAUUAAGAAAAUAAGAAUUAGUGGUUUUACUGGAAAAUUAUUAAAAGCAAAGGUGGUUACAGGCCAGAGGCAGUAAUUCAAUCAAUUUGCCACCAUCUGAUUGUGGUGGCCCUUCAUGAUAACUUUAGGUAAUUCAAGCGGGCAAUUAACCAAAUAAAGAGGUAGGGAUCAUUAAGGAAUAUUCUCUUGAGGAUGGAUGGUAUUUUGCCAGCAUAAGAAGCUUGUAAUGGCAACAAAUAAUGCAGGAAGCUAUUGGCAGGGAAUUUCCGUUUUCCAAGGAAUUCAACAUAAGUAUUGUUUUAUCCAAAUGCCUAAAUAUGUUACUUUUAAGAUUAUCCUCCCUCUGGU